UAUAAUUCAUAGAAAAUGAAUACUGCUUUUGCCUUGGUGAUCCAUGAUGCAGUGGAUUUCACAUGCACAAGUAAUGAAUACUCGACGAGACACCCUUCAAACUAUUGCAAGCUGGAGCCAUGGCUAUGUCAGGUUCCCAGUAUAAUGAGGUAGAAGAGUUGGAGUUAUCAGCAGAUCACAAACUACCCCCCAAGGACGAGAGUGACAAUUCUAAAGAAAAGGCUCCAUUGUUGAGCGCAUAUGCUAUUAAUGGAGGGGAGUACGGGACGAUUCUACCUCAGGAUAAUGAUGUUGUUUUGGACGAGAAGGAUAUAAAAAAACAACAACACAAGGAUGCAGCCGUGUACGUGAGAGAGGGUGAAGACAACGAUAAAUUCUACCAGCACCCUCGGGGCACAUGGUCCACGCGUGCGUACCAGGUCCUCCACUGCACAGUGUACCAUGUGUUCAACCUCGGUGUGUGUACUGUACUACUGUUCCUAGCACUCAUGGAGCACCCCUAUCUGGGGGAAGAGGCUAACUUGCCUCAGGGCACCCUCGUUGCCAUUGUUGUGGUACACGCUCUGCUGGAGAUCUUACUGCUGUUCCUCCUCUGGCUGGACAUGUUGCUCAGACUCGUCUGGUUAAAGCCAAAGAACUUCUUCACUCACAAAAGAACUAUACUCAUUCUUGUUGUGCUGGUGGUGAUGAGUGUGGAGGCCAUAGUAGUGCUGGUACGACAACAAAAUCACUUCCGGAUCACCCGAGCACUGAGACCAAUCUUUCUAGUGGACACUUACCUCAUGCACGGAGUCCGAAGAGUCCUGCGCCAGAUAUUCCAAUGUAUUCGGCCCAUCUUGGACGUGAUACUUCUCCUCAUCCUAUCUCUAGUGGUCUUCUCUCUACUAGGCUUUCUUAUCUUUGCUGAGCUGGACGUUACGUACUUUGCGAGCUUCAAGAGAACUCUGGUCAGCUUCUUCAUCGGUUCAACCACUUCAAACCACCCGGAUAUCUGGUUAGAGGCAUACAUUCGACAACCAGCCUCCGCUCUGUUCUUUAUCCUCUACAUUAUCGUCAUGGUCUACUUCAUCUCCAAUGUGCUGCUUGCCAUGGUCUACAGCAGCUUCGGUGAAGCUAACAAGAAAAAGUUCAGAAAACUGUUUUUGCACAAGAGGAAUGCUCUUCGUCAUGCCUACGAUGUCCUGGCCACCUCCCCCCCUGAUGGUAUCAAGUUCCAUGACUUCCUACUCUUCAUGCAUAAGUAUAGACCACGUAUACCUGAGUGGAAGGUCAUGUGUAUAUUCAAGGCCCUACAUAUGUACGAUGAAGGAGAUACCUCUCCUAGUAAUGACGAAGGGGGUACCUCUCCCAGUGAUGACGAAGGGGGUACCUCUCCUCGUAAUGACGAAGGGGGCACCUCUCCCAGUGAUGAUAAAGGGGGUACCUCUCCUAGUAAUGACGAAGGGGGUACCUCUCCCAGUAAUGACGAAGGGGGUACCUCUCCCAGUAAUGACGAAGGGGGUACCUCUCCUAGUAAUGACGAAGGGGGUAUCUCUCCUAGUAAUGACGAAGGGGGUACCUCUCCCAGUGAUGACAAAGGGGGUACCUCUCCUAGUAAUGACGAAGGGGGUACCUCUCCCAGUAAUGACGAGGGGGUCAAGGACCUCAGUCUGGAGCAGUUCUAUGGCUUCUAUGAAGUCAUAAACCUUAAGUGGAAGCAGGUAUCCUCGAAGAAGGAGGAGCUAACUUGGUUUGAGCACUGUCACCCUGUCAUCAAAACCCCUGCAAAUUUUGUGUACGAUAUGGUCGAGAAUAACAAGUGGUUUUUCAAGUAUGCGAUCAAUACAGUAGUGAUGGCUAACCUCAUCUUUCUGGUUGCCUAUACUCUCUACAUUGAUGAGACAGACAUUAGCAAUCGUUUCUGCGUUUUAAACAAAGUGGUGGCUGUCUCCCUCGGCUUUGUUUGCAUUUAUGUUCUGGAGAUUAUUCUAAAGAUAUUUGGAAUGGGCCCGUACAACUACUUCAGGAAGCCACGAAACAUAGUGGACUUUCUGGUCAUCUUGACGAGCUUUGUGCUGCUGAUCCUGGAGGCUGUUAGCCCCGCUCACUCUGUACUGGCCGUUUUCCGUCCUGUCAAAUUUAUUCGGCUCCUUCAUCUGAAACGCCGUUACCAUGGCAUCAGCAAAAUCCUCUACUCGCUCAGUCAACGACUCAUUAGUGUGGGACUUCUUCUACUCAUUGUUUAUUACGCUUUUGCCAUAAUUGGAAUGGAGUUUUUCAGCGAGGCAGUUUUUGAAGGUUGCUGCAACGAGAGCAUGUACGGCGUGGGUGAGUACUAUAGCGGGAACAACUCAACCUUCACAGCGAAAGUAUACUACGUCCUCAACUUUGACAAUAUCUUCAGGAGCUAUGUGACUCUGUUUGUGCUCAUGGUGAUCAACAACUGGUACAUUAUCAUGGAGGGCUUUGCCUCCACCUUCUUCCUCAAUGAUUGGUUGGUACGAAUCUACUUCAUGAGUUUCUACCUCUUCACUCUGGUGGUGCUCCAAGUGGUCCUCACAUUCAUUGUGGAUGCAUUUAUGUUAAAAAUCGAGGCCAGAGAAAACUUCAGAAAACAGUGCCUCAAGCAUCCUUACAAGCCCUGCACCUGCCACAAAAAUGAAGAUAAGAAAGUGGCCAAUAUCAAGCUGAUCAAGGCGGACAUUGACAAGCUGCGCUACGAGGUGAUGCACAGCGAUCAAACUGAAGGUGUGAGCUCCCUCAACAAGUGGAUCAGACAUUGGAGGAGAGUGAACCUGGACAGUCUAACGGAUAUCCAUAACUUGGCCUGCACUGGACGCAAAGAUUUGCACUUGUUCAUGCACAGGGAUGAUCUAGCGCAAUGGAUCAAUGAUGAGAAGGAGGAGGUAAAAGCAAAGAAAGAGGCGGAGGCGGAGGUGAAGGCGAAGACGAAGGCAGAGGAAUGGAAAACCAACUUGAAAUACCUUUUCAAGUGUCUACGCAAUAUUGUGAAGUAUUGUCUACUUUAUAUUGUGGAAUGAAGGACAACUAGUUUUUUAACUGUUACUUUUUAAGGUGUUACAGAUACUUAUAUAUUCUCUUCUUUGGGUAUACCACGCAACAACUGCAUGGCUUUCUUUCAGUAGCUGUGUUCAUAUGUUUAGUUAACUAGUUAACAGUUUUUAUUGUUAUUGUUGUGCAUGCCAUGGUUGUACACAAGGCCAUAUGAAGGUAGAACCUGUAACUGCUAUAUAAUUAUAGUGAAAGAGAUGUUGUUCAAUGAA